AUGGAGCGGGGCCUGGCCCUCCUGCCCCUCCUCGUGGGGCUCCUCCAGCCAGGCCGCGGCCACGGAGGAGGUGGGUCCCUGGAGGUGGAGCCCCCUGAGGCGGCCGUGGCCCUGGGCGGGUUUCUGCAGCUCACCUGCCGCCUGAGCUGCUCGGACCCUGCCAAGGCCUCUGUGGCAUGGAAGGGCCUGGACACCAGCCUGGGCUGCGUGGAGCAGGCCGGGGAGAGCAGCGUGCUGACCGUGCGCAACGCCUCCCUGGCAGACGAGGGCACGCAGAUGUGCCAGGGCUCCUGCGGGAACGUCACCCACCUAAAGACCGUGAUGAUCCGAGUGUUUGCCUUCCCAGACCAGCUGACCGUGUCCCCAGCAGUGCUGGUGGCCAGGCGGGACCAGAAGGUGGCCUGCACAGCCCACAACGUCACUCCCUGUGACCCCGGCUCCCUUUCAUUUUCCCUGCUCCUGGGGAACCAGGAACUGGAGGGAGUUCAGGUUCUGGGCAGGGAAGAGGAAGAGGAACCCCAAGACGGUGAGGAUUUGCUGUUUCGAGUGACAGAGCAUUGGCUGCUGCCCCCCUUCGAGCCCCCCAUCCUGCCUACUCUCCACUGCCAAGCCACCAUGAGGCUGCCUGGUUUGGAGCUGAGCCGCCGGCUCCCCAUCCCAGUCCUGCCCAUCUCCACUUCCAAGGAGCCCCUGGUUACAACCUCCCUGCAGACCACCCCGGAGCAGGAUUCCAGCCUCCACCCUCCAGCCUCCACCCUCCAGCCUCCACCCUCCAGCCCCUGGAGUCCUGGCCUCACACCUGACAACAGCUCCACCGGACCCUGCCACCUCGAGAUCCACCAGUCGCCAGUGCCAGGGGGUCUGGAGCUGCUGUGUGAGGCCACCUGUGGCACAGAGGGGACCGUGCACUGGACCCAGGCCCCCGGCGGUCUGGCAGCCUAUGAGUGGCGGAAGGCCGGAACCCGGGCCUGGCUGAGCGUGCAGUGGGCUAAGUGCAGCCCUGAGGGCUGGUUCCAGUGUCAGCUGGAUCCAGGGGGCCGGAAGACGAACCUCUAUCUGGUUCCGGAAAUGUGUUACGCCUCAACGUCCCCAGAUCUGUGGACAGGCAGCUUGGUGCUGGGGCUGCUCCUCCUAGCACUCCUCGCCUAUCGCCUGAGGAAGCACUGCCAGCCUGCCCGCUGACCACCCCUACCAGCUCCCCUGGGCCUCCUGCCCCACCUGGACCCGAGGGCGGGAACAGGCGUGGCCCCUCCUCACGUGGCUGGCUUUCCUUCUGCUUGGCUGCAACCAGAGGACCUUGCAGGGUUGUGAACAGGGCAAGGGGUUGCCAGGGGACCCUUGCACUGACAGCCCCAGCACCCGCAGCUUCCUCAGCUGGCUGUUUCUCUUCAGUGGGGCCCCUGGAGACACACCCCCGAACAGGGCCGAGCUGGAGAAUAAAUGGUAUCUGG